AUGCGGAGUGGGUGCGAUUCUGGCAUCUAUUAUAUACUCGGUUGCCAGCCCAUCUCAUCACGGCAGCAGCAUCAGCACCAGCAGCACCAGCAUCAUCAUCCCUCGCAUCCCGACGAACAUCCCUCCAUCCUAGACCUGGUUGUCUUCGGCUUGCUGGUCAACGACUUUGGAUCGUUCAAACGCACAAACGACGGGGAAGCGACAACGGAACGGUAAAUAUAUAUACAUAUAUAUAUAUAUAUAUAUAUAUAUAUAUUAGGAAAGAGUUGGUUAUGGGGCAGACGCCUAGUUCUGGAUUCCCGAUCUACCAUAUGGAGGCCCACACAGUCAUCAAAGCGUUGGAGUACAUCAGCCAAAAGUUGUGCAGGAAGGGGAUCCACGUUCAUUUGAUCGUCGCCGGGGAUGCGCUAUCCUGUCUACUGUUCAAGUCGAGGCCCACAACGUAUGUUUUUUUUUAACUCUUUUGCUCUUGUCGUGAUUGUUUUGUCCCCCCGUAGCCUUGACCAUGGGUGUUGAUCGAUUCGUUGGCGUGAUAUGCAGUCACUCGAUAAGCAUCCUCCAGGCGUCGGCACUCUCACCCCGCUCACUGUCCGUCCUCUUCGACGCCGUGCACCGCGCCCAGAAGAAAUUCGGGUUGACGAACGACUGGGUGAACACCGACCUGAGCCGGCAGGUGGACAGCGACUACCUGGACUACGUCGUCCACAAGAGCCUGCUGCAGAACGAGAUAGUCUUCUCCUCGGAGGGGCUAACGCUGGUGGCGGUGGACCUCUGCUUCGCCCUGAAAUCGAAGCUGGAAUCCCUGACCAACAAGUUCACGCAGAAGGACAUCGAGGACGCCGUCGUCCUGCUUCGCCGACUGGUGGUGAUCUACCGGGGCAGGCCGCUGACCAAGGGAUACAUACGCAUGAGCUAUCCGCGGAUGGAGGUCUCGGAUCAGAUCCUGCUCAGGCUGAACGAGCUGUACGAGUGGCAGUAUCACACCAGGGGUGUCGCCGGCGUGCACGACGAGUACAUGGAGUGGAGGAGGGAAGGCAUAGUGGACUGGUCGUUCGGGAUCGAGGAUCUGAAGCGGGAUCUCUCGGCUUGCGCGCCGCUGGAGAAGGGGCUAUAUUCCUGGAGGGAUAAACCCUUGCCUGAUACCCCGUAUCGGGAGGACUUUGCCGAGAUUUUUACGCAGCAGAAGGUCUAUUGAUUGGCCCGCUGCCCUAUCCAUUGUUCCAUUGAUUUUACGGGCGAACGGGCGGGGCGAUAACUGACUUUUUUUCAAAAAAAAAAAAUUCAUUUAUUCAUUCACGACAGAGACGAACGGAUUGGGUUGGAUUGGGUGUGCAUACGGUUGGGCGGGUAAAAGAUUGAUUUUUGAGCGGUUUCGUUGCCUAAUUUUUUUUAUCCUCUUCAUUUGUUUAUUUUUACUAACCUUCUUCUUAUUCCGUCCUGCUCCUCUUUAGCGCCUCAUACAUUUUAUCUCUUCUUGUCUUUUCUUUCAUAUCCAUCUUUUCUGUAUAUAUAACCUUUUCUCUCUUCUCUACAUUCGUUCAUACCCCUCGGCUCUGGUUUUCUCCAGGGGGGUUGGUUGGUUGGGCGGUCUCGGUGCACGGAGUUUUUGCUUUUCUUCUUCUUCUAUUCCCUUCCAACUUUGUACUUUUUCCUACUUGUACCGUCACUACUGUACUAGUACCAUCUCCUGGACACCAAAUCGAUGGCGCACCACAAUCAUUUCACGAG